ACGAAGUAAGUUUUAAGAAUAAUACUCGAGAUAUAAGAUUAAGUCUUGUUUAAAUUAUUUUCAUACCUUCUGUGACUCUCUCUACACUAUAAUAAAAAAACUUAAUUUUUUGAACGAAGCAAUUCCAAUCUAGGUAGGGGUGCCAUAGCGGGAAGAUCCACCGCACAAACACUUCCUUUACGGUUACACUAACAAACAAUUUACCGAGUUGUGACUCGAUUGUGUGACUCACUACUGUGACUGAUCAAGAUAUUCUGUAACACUUCCAUUCAUACAAAUUCUCUCUCCUCCUCCAAUUCCACCCUAACAAUGGCGAUUUCGAUAACAAUGGCGUCUCUCAACUCUCUCUCUUUCCUUCCAUCUUCAUUCAUUCCUUCCAAACCUAACCUCAUUUUCACCUCUUCACUUUCUCUCUCCUCCGCUGUCUCCUCCUCGCACAUUACCUCCGUCGCCGCCGUAUCUACCGCCUCCGUCACCGCUACCUCCGUCGGCGAGGAUCUUCCGGUUGAUUACGACGAGUUUUUGCCGGAGUCGUCUCCGUCGGACCGGCGAAGAGCUGGAAUUCUACUGCAUCCGACGUCGUUGCCUGGACCUCACGGCAUUGGCGAUCUCGGAGACGAAGCUUUUAGGUUCAUCGAUUGGCUUCAUUCUGCUGGUUGUUCUCUUUGGCAGGUUUUACCUCUGGUUCCUCCUGGUAGAAAGGCUAAUGAAGAAGGCUCGCCGUAUUCCGGCCAGGAUGCCAAUUGUGGAAAUACUCUUCUGAUUUCUCUUGAAGAGCUGGUUAAGGAUGGUUUAUUGCAUAGCGAAGAGCUCCCUGAACCUGUAGAUGCAGAGAGGGUAAAUUAUGAUACUAUUGCUCAGAUAAAGGAUCCUUUGGUGGCAAAGGCUGCGGAGCGACUUAUUAUGAGUGAAGGGGAACUCAAAAGGCAGCUUCUAAAUUUUCGAAGGGAUCCUGAUAUAUCAAGCUGGCUUGAGGAUGCAGCAUGUUUUGCUGCAAUUGACCGAGUUUGUAACACAUUUUCUUGGUAUGAUUGGCCUGAACCUUUAAAAAAUCGCCAUCUCUCUGCACUUGUGAAAAUUUAUGAGAGCGAAAAACACUUUAUUGACUUAUUCAUCGCCCAGCAGUUUCUGUUUCAAAGACAAUGGAAGAAAGUUCGUAAUUAUGCACAGCUGAAGGGCAUCAAGAUCAUGGGGGAUAUGCCAAUCUAUGUUGGCUAUCACAGUGCAGAUGUUUGGGCUAACAAAAAACACUUUUUGCUGAACAGGAAGGGCUUCCCUCUGUUAGUCAGUGGAGUUCCUCCUGAUGCAUUUAGUGAAACUGGUCAGUUAUGGGACAGUCCCUUGUAUGAUUGGAAUGCUAUGGAGAAAGAUGGAUUUUCAUGGUGGAUAUGUCGAAUUCGACGAGCUAUGGAUUUGUAUGAUGAGUUCAGAAUUGACCAUUUUCGAGGUUUUGCUGGAUUUUGGGCUGUUCCAUCAGAAGCAAAAAUUGCAACGGUUGGGCGAUGGAAGGCUGGGCCUGGAAAGUCCUUGUUUGAUGCAAUAUUUAAGACUGUUGGGGAGAUUGACAUUAUUGCUGAAGAUCUGGGUGUAAUCACGGAGGACGUAGUUCAGCUGAGGAAAUCUAUUGGAGCACCUGGGAUGGCUGUCCUGCAAUUUGGUUUUGGAAGUGAUGCAGAAAACCCUCAUCUUCCUCAUAAUCAUGAACGCAAUCAAGUAGUAUACACUGGCACUCAUGAUAAUGACACGGUUCUGGGCUGGUGGGACAACUUGAAGCAAGAAGAGAGACAUCAUGUGCUAAGAUACCUUUCCCUCAAUGAAGGGAAUGAUAUUUCGUGGGGACUCAUCCAAGGUGCAUUAUCGUCCGUAGCUAAAACUGCAAUCAUACCAAUGCAAGAUGUUCUUGGACUUGAUAAUUCUGCAAGGAUGAAUAUUCCAGCUACUCAGUUUGGGAACUGGAGCUGGAGAAUACCGUCUUCUGUGAGUUUUGAGAGCUUGGACACUGAGGCAAAAAAAUUGCGAGACUUGCUGUCAAUGUAUGGCCGGUUGUAAAUGUUGAUGUGUGAACUGCGAUGAGGCUUUGUAUCUUAACCUAACUUCUGCAGUUUUUUACCAGUUGACGCAGAAGAUACUACUGCAAUUUACCUAAGCUCUUCUUCAGUAAUAUAUCAGAUUGUUGCAAUAGAACUUGUAUCUCCAUUGAGGAUGUUUGAAUCUCACGUAAAUGCAAAAUAAAUCAAUUUUUCACUA